UGAAUUUUUACAUUGCUCCACUCAUGCGGGCACCGUAGGAAAGAGUGGAGGCGAGAACCGGGACCAUAGUCCAACUUAAUAUACAAUUGUUUCAGAUUUUAAUAACACAUCAUCACCUCGAGCCAGGGUGAGCAGGUGGGAGGGUGUUUCUGUUUUUCCCUCCCUCACAAGCCCUAAAUUACAAAUUGGUAUCAGAGCCCAGCAAAAGAUCUGGGCUAGGAAAGUACAUUAAGGAUCUUUUGAGUGCAAUGCUCCCACAUCAUAAGAACUAGGCCGAGACGAAUUUGGUGGAAUGGAUACCCCCUAGUCCAUGGGUUUUAGUCAAAAAUAUUCAGCCUAAAACCUAGUUAGAACAAAUUUGUGAAUGAAAAAACCUCCAUCAAAUGAUUUUAUUUUGUAUUACAUUUAAAAAUUUAAAGCUUGACCUUUUUUUCUCCUUUUGAUUAGGAAAAACCUAGCGAAAAGUAGGGUAAAAUGGAGGAGAAAUUAGGACAAAGUGGUGCCAUUUGUCGUUGAUCUGGCGCUAUUUAUCAUAGAAAGCACAUUUAUAUAGCAAAUCCUAGAAGUUUCAACGCAUUUUUGCCAUUGGUGCCCUGGAAUUGUAUUGGCACAUUUGCAAUCUGAUGGUGCCAUUGGUAUAGAGUGGUGCACCUGUUUUCAGCUAUUAUGGCGUCAUCGUAGGUUUGUGGUGCAUCUGUAGUAUACUCACGCAAGCGCAACUGGAAUAUGAACCUUGAGAAAGUGCCCUGACCUCUCUUUUGAUCAGAAUACAUGAUUGUUCAUUUUCGAAGCUUGGAUAAGCCAAAGGAAGAUGACUUUUGUCUUGAGUUAUCAAGACUCUACACUUAUGACGAUGUUGUAGAUAGGGUUGCACAUAAACUUGGUCUAGAUGAUCCUUCCAAAAUCAGACUCACGGGGCAAAAUUGUUUCUCUCAGAAACCAAAGCCUCGACCUAUCAAGUAUCGUGGCGUGGAUUACUUAUCUGAAAUGCUGGUUCAUUACAAUAAGACUUCUGAUAUCUUGUACUAUGAAGUUCUGGAUAUACCACUCCCAGAGUUGCAAGGGCUAAAGACCUUAAAAGUAUUUUUUCGUCAUUCAACAAAAGAUGAAGUUUCUGUUCACAAUAUAAGAUUGCCAAAACAAAGUGCUGUUGCAGAUGUCAUUAAUGACCUCAAGACAAAGGUGGAGUUAUCCAACGCUGAUGCAGAGAUUCGACUGCUUGAUGUUUUCUACUACAAAAUUUACAAGAUUUUUCCACUUGAUGAAAAGGUUGAGAAUAUAAAUGAUUUUUAUUGGACUUUGCGAGCGGAGGAGAUUCCAGAAGAGGAGAAGAAUCUGGGUCCUAAUGACCGUUUAAUCCAUGUUUAUCAUUUCAAGAAAGAUGCAUCCCGGAAUGACAUGCAGGUCAAAAAUUUUGGAGAGCCUUUCUUUCUGCUUAUCCACGAAGGUGAGAUUCUAGCAGAGGUUAAACAACGUAUCCAGAAGAAGCUGCAGGUGUCUGAUGAUGAAUUUGCCAAGUGGAAGUUUGCAUUCCUCUCCCAGGGAGAACCUGAUUAUCUUCAAGAUACAGAUAUUGUUUCAAGUCGCUUUCAGAGCCUGGGAGAUGUUUGUGCCUACGGAGCUUGGGAGCAAUAUCUUGGGUUGGAGCAUUCGGACAAUGCACCAGAAAGAUAUCCUCGCAACUUUUAAUAAAAAAUUCUGUCAAAAGUGAUAGGAUCUUUUAAAUAACAAUCCGUCUUGCUGAUUUGUUAUUCUCGGAACUUUUAAUUCUACUACCCACCAUCCUAACUUGGAUGUUGAAUUUUGUCUAGUUUUAAUAAAAAAUUCUGUCAAAAGUGGCAGGAACUUUUGAAGAUAAUUACCAAGGGAAUUUUGCGAGUAAUUACCAAUCAAAUCUGCCGCAUAUAAUUUGCAAGUAACAUGUAAUUACAGGCAAAUAAAAACAGAAUGUUUUUGUUGUUGAAAACUGCAGUUAUAGACUUACUUUUUUCUUGAAUGUUAAAGAGUGCUCUGAAUCAGUUGAUAAAAUAGUCUGUUAGUGUUAAGAAAAAAAAGAGAACUAAAACAUCAGAUUUGAGCAUAUGUAUUCCC